CAGGCCCUACCCUACCAGGGUAGGUAGAUCAUUCAAUUUGAUGUUCACUUACACACUUUUACACCACUUACACCACUUACACCACUUACACGCACUUACACACACAUCCGUGGGUCGACAUGACCAGACCCCAUCAGCCAGAUCAUUCGGCUUCUCACUUAUUGCACUUAGUACACUGGUAUGUACCAAUGUACGAACAUGGGUGAUACCUCUAGAUCAGAAUUCUACUCUGCUUCUCCAUGUUUCAGGUCUGGCCAUCUCGCAUCUGCUCUACCCUUGGGUACAACUAUUGUGGAUAGUAUGGAUAGUAUGGAUACCGAUAUACAUCAUGGUCCUACAUCAUUGUUUGGUACGACAUCUGGAGGACGAGUUCCGUCCAGCUGAUUGGUAUCCCGGUAUACCAAGAACCCGUCCCUCCAUCUCGAGGAUAAGAAGACCGGCCCUCCUCCUGAUUUUGUGUCUUCUUCCGUUCUAAUUCUUCAGUAUCAACUCUCUGGUCGAAUAGGAUCAGUUUCCAUUUUCUUUUAUAUCCAUUAGAUUUCUUCAGAAGGCCAGGCCGCCACCAGUUCUCGCGACCUACAUAUCCUCAUUGCUUCACAGCGUCGCCGUUCAUAUCUUAUUAUUCCACCUUGAAAACACCACUGUCUACUAAGGAGCCGGAUCUCCUUCUCACUCACCCUUUUUAUAAUCCCUAAUUAUUCAGUUCUUGUCUAAGCAGACAAGAGCAACCAUUUAGAUAUCGAUAUGACUUCGUGAGUUUAUAAGUCAUCUCUGCU